UCCACACUUCAUGCUUCUUCUUCUUCUUCUCCCUCUCGUCUUCAUCUUCACAGAGAAGAGAGAGAGAUGCCAUUGAAGCCCUUGAAUUCAUUCAGCAUCGCCUUCAUGUUGGGCGGCGCAUUCCUCCUCCUCUUCCUCUGUAGCUUCCUCGAAUUCCCUUCUCUCUCCACCUCACAACAACCCCCAAUCGAUGACCACCACCACCACCCUUCUCUAUCUCUCACCAACUCCGCCCCUGACCCAUUCACCAAUCUCAUCUCCUCCUUCAGAAAAUGGGACUCUCUUGUGGGUUGUCCUCGUUUCGCUGAAAAGCACAAGUCUUUGACCCAAAACGGGUCUUCUUCUUCGUCUUCUCUGCAGCAGCCAUCUGAGUGUGGGAAGAAGAAGAAGACCCAGAUGGAGCAUGUCAGCGUUUUGGUCAAAGGGUGGACUUGGAUUCCUGAUAAUCUGGAUAAUUUGUAUUCGUGUUCUUGUGGGUUGAGCUGUUUGUGGACUAAAUCGGCUGUUCUUGCUGACAAGCCUGAUGCCCUGUUGUUUGAGACUACUACUCCUCCGUCUCAGAGACUCCCUGGAGAUCCACUUCGUGUGUACAUGGAUCUUGAGGCUGGCAGGAAGCGAUCUGGCGUUGAGGAUUUGUAUAUAAGUUAUCAUGCCAAAGACGAUGUCCAGGCUACAUAUGCAGGUGCACUCUUUCACAAUGGUCGGAAUUAUCAUGUAUCUUCUUCUAAAAACAAUGAUACACUUAUCUAUUGGUCAUCGUCACGUUGUCUGCCUCAAAGAAAUAAGCUCGCCAAGAGGCUUCUCACCUUACUACCACACCAUUCAUUCGGCAAGUGCUUGAAUAAUGUCGGUGGUUUGGACAUGGCCCUUUCUUUCUACCCCGAGUGUGCCAAUGGUGCUGGUGAUGGCCCCCAAAAAUGGUGGGACCAUCUACACUGUGCAAUGUCUCACUAUAAGUUUGUUCUAGCUAUCGAAAACAUGAUGACAGAGAGUUAUGUGACGGAGAAACUGUUUUAUGCUCUAGAUUCUGGUGCAGUUCCUAUCUACUUUGGUGCCCCUAAUGUGUGGGACUUUGUCCCUCCCCAUUCGAUAAUAGAUGGCAGUAAAUUCAGCAACCUGGAGGAAUUGGCUUCUUUUGUAAAGGCCCUUGCCAAUGACCCAGUUGCUUAUGCUGAGUACCAUGCCUGGAGAAGAUGUGGCGUAUUGGGCAACUAUGUAAAAACUCGUGCACUGAGCCUUGACACAUUGCCUUGCAGACUUUGCGAGGCAGUUGGGAGAAAGGGUGGGAGAUAUGCAAAAGGGUACUGAAAUUUUUGAUCUUUUCUGUCUAAUUGGGAUUUUUAUUUAUGCAUCCAGUUUUAUGGUUGCGUAAAUUGUAUACAACUCAAAAA